AUGGACUCUGCUGCUUGGAAGGCUCUGCAGGAGCACUAUGACACCGUGGGCAAGUCCCUCAACAUGCGGGAGCUCUUCGCCUCCGACGCCAAGCGCUUCAAGGACUUUAGUCUGAAGCUUGACUUUGGCGAGGGCGACUUUUUGGUGGACUUUUCCAAGAACCGCGUGAACAAGGACACGAUGAAGUUGCUCUUUGAUCUGGCUCGCGAGCGCGGCGUCGAGGCCGGCCGCGACAAGAUGUUCUCUGGCGAGCCCAUCAACUUCACGGAGGGCCGCUCUGUGCUCCACAUUGCUCUCCGCAACCGCUCCAACACCCCGAUCCUUGUCGACGGCAAGGACGUCAUGCCCAGCGUCAACGCGGUGCUUGACCACAUGAAGGAGUUUACGGAGGCCGUGCGGUCCGGCGCGUGGAAGGGAUACUCCGGCAAGGCCAUCACGGAUGUGGUCAACAUUGGCAUUGGCGGCUCAGACCUUGGUCCGUACAUGGUCACGGAGGCCCUCAAGCCGUUUGGCGGGCCCAUCAACGUGCACUUUGUCUCCAACAUCGACGGUACGCACAUGGCUGAGGCCUUGAAGAAGGUCAACCCAGAGACCACCCUCUUUGUCGUCGCCAGCAAGACGUUCACCACCCAGGAGACGAUCACGAAUGCAACGACGGCGAAGAACUGGUUCCUCGAGACCGCAAAGGACCACGCGCACAUCGCAAAGCAUUUCAUCGCCCUCUCCACCAACAAGGAGAAAGUUGCCGAAUUUGGCAUUGACACGGCCAACAUGUUCGAAUUCUGGGACUGGGUUGGUGGCCGGUACUCGCUGUGGUCUGCCAUUGGCAUGACAAUUGCGCUGUAUGUUGGCUUUGACAACUUUGCUGAGCUGCUGGCCGGCGGGCACGCCAUGGACCAGCACUUCAAGACGGCCCCGCUCGAGCAGAACGUGCCUGUCGUGCUUGCUCUGCUUGGCAUCUGGUACAACAACUUCUUUGGCGCGCAGACACACGCCCUCCUCCCCUACGACCAGUACAUGCACCGCUUUGCUGCAUACUUCCAGCAGGGCGACAUGGAGAGCAACGGCAAAUACGUGACGCGCGACGGGUCGAAGGUUUCCGUUUCCACGGGUCCCAUCGUGUGGGGCGAACCCGGCACAAACGGCCAGCACGCAUUCUACCAGCUGAUCCACCAAGGCACGAAGCUCGUCCCUGCAGAUUUCAUUGCUCCCGUCGAUACACACAACUCGAUUGCUGGCGGCGAGCACCACUCCAUCCUCCUCGCCAACUUCCUCGCACAGACGGAGGCCCUCAUGCGCGGAAAGACUGCAGGCGAGGCAGACGAGGAGCUUGAGAAGACUGGUGUGCCUGCAGCGAAGAAGGCGAAGAUUCUGCCGCACAAGGUGUUCGAAGGGAACCGCCCCACAAACUCCAUUGUCGUGCAGAAAAUGACACCAAAGACCCUCGGCGCUCUCAUCGCCAUGUACGAGCACAAGAUCUUCACCCAGGGCUGGAUCUGGAACAUCAACUCUUACGACCAGUGGGGCGUUGAACUUGGCAAGCAGCUUGCAAAGGUGAUUCUCCCCGAGCUGAAGGGUGCUGGCCAGGUGUCCACGCAUGAUGCCUCCACCAACGGCCUCAUCAACCACAUCAAGCAACACCGCUCCAAGUGAGCGCUGUCACGGAUCAACAAAGCACGC